AUGCCAUACAAGACUUAUGCAAAGCUUAAUCUAGGUGACCUCUCCCCUACUUCUAUGUCUUUGCAACUAGCCGAUCGUUCGGUUAUGUAUCCUUUGGGUAGGGUUGAGGACGUUCCCCUCGUUAUCGACAAGCUUACCUUUCUUUUUUAUUUCGUAGUCUUGGACAUUGAUGAGGAUGCCCAAGCCCCUAUUAUUUUAGGGAGGCCAUUCUUGGCCACCGCGGGCACCCUUAUUGAUGUUCAAGGCGGGCUUAUUACCUUAAAGGUGGGGGACACCAAGUCUAGUUUUAAUCUUCCUCAUAGUGAAGGAUGUUUUUCAAAGAUGAAAAGUUUCAUGAAAGUCAAUACUAUUACUUGCAUUGUUGAUAACCCUUCUAACGACUUUUGUGCUUUUAAGUGUGGUAUUGAGCUUGCUAGGUCCCAUUCCAAUGAAAAGGAAGUUCAUGCGAUCCCCAAGGUGUUGGGAGAUACUUUUGAAGAUGUCACCACCAUUCCCGAGAUAUUUGGGAUGAACUUAGAUGUUGAGGCUAAGGCUACUCCUCCCAAAGUCAAGCAUAAACCGGGAACGAAGGCCAAGGAGAAGCUUAGUAGAGGUUGGCUUGGUUGCUUCCCAAUGUGUUGUGGCGUUGAUAAAGUUUUUGUGCCCAAGGGGGAUAAGAAAAACUCGAAGUUUGAUUCAGGUGCCACCGCACCACAUUUGGAGCGCUUGCACCUUCACAAAAUGUCCAUUUUAUGGGCUGUUUUCGAAGCAGCUAAAAAGAGGGGUUUUUAG